AACGCCUCCUCAGACUUUGUGUGGAUGGGGGCGCUAAUGGCACGGAUUUUUUUAAAAACUGUAAACAUCAUAAACGAUGAUAAGUAUUUACUAUCCUGGCCGUGGCGAUUUUAACGUAGAGGUGGACAAGCGGUAACGCCGGGCAGAGUUAGAAAAAUAUAAUGUUGGUUUUGUGGUUUUUGGCCCGACUCGGUCCGAUAGGCUAAAACCUGACGAUGCUAAUGCUAGCUCGGCUAGUCAGCAGCUUGGCGGAGUCUUGAGUCGAGCGUCAUAGUUUCGUGUCGUCGUGUUUUUGUCUCCGCAGCUUUAACUUUGUUACAACCUGACAAAGACGCAGCAGGGAGUGUGAAUGUUCAUGUUUUCCCUUCAGCUCGCGGCUCUUGUUGUUUACUGAGUGAGCUCACUGUGGCGCUGCAUGGGGUGGAGUUUUUCAUUAGCACGGCCACACAGGCUGGAGCACCAGUAGGUGUCGGUCAUAAUGGAGCCGAGCAGGAGCCGCUGGAAGUCCCGACAUAAACGCAGCUGGGUCCGAGCCGGAACCGCAGCCGUGUUCUGGAUGUGUGCGACCCAGUUGGUUUGCUGCACCGGAACCAUCGAGGGGGGGUCCAAGUCCAUCGUCCAGAAAGAUGCGGAGUUUGACGUGACCUACAAUGACACGGUCACCAGCGAAAACCAGACCAUCUACGCCUUCAACCACACCAUAUCCAGGAACAAGACGGAGGGGGUCCGCGUGUCCGUGGAUGUGCUGCAGCAACAGGUGGAGAGCCCCAUCCUGUUCGUGAUCCGGCAGAAGCAGGCUGUCAUGUCCUUUCAAGUCCCCCUCAUUCUGAGAGGCCUCUACCAGAGGAAGUACCCUUACAAACACAUCGCUCGAACGUUGUGCCAACCUCCGACGCGGGCCGCCUCUGAGACCCAGUACUUUUUUGUGGACGUGUCUACACUGUCAGGCCAGGGUACAAACUACCUGCUGCGCGUCAGCCGCGUGGAGAGCUUCACCCUGCAGACGGACAAGAAAUUCACCUUCACUGCAUCACCGUCCCAGCCCCAGUUCUUUAAGUACGUCUUCCCAGAUGGGGUGGAUACCGUCAUCGUCAAGGUCAACGCGGACAUGAACUUCCCCUGCUCCGUUAUGUCUGUUCAGGACAUCCAGUGCCCCGUCUAUGACCUUGACAACAACGUGGCCUUUAUUGGGAUGUACCAGACGAUGACUAAAAAAGGUGCCAUCACUGUGCAGAGGAAGGACUUUCCUAGCAACAGCUUCUACGUGGUGGUGGUUGUAAAAACAGAGGACGAGGCAUGUGGCGGUCCACUGAGGUUUUACCCCCUGCGCCCCGACGAGCUGAUAGACGCCGGGAACCGCACCAAGGUCCUCGAUGUGGUGGUCUCUCCUGCCAUCACCUCUGAGAAAUAUGUGAUCGGGAUGCUGUUCUGUCUGGGGAUCUUCCUCUCGUUCUACCUGUUGACCCUGCUGGUUACCUGCAUAGAAAACAAGAGGAUGAAGAGGACAGAGAUGUUUCAGGUUCCUGCUGACAUGUCGCCUGCUGAGACCGCCUCUCUUCUUGGAAAGAACAGCGAUGGUAAGACUCCAGCCUCACCGUAUGAAUAUGGCUCCUUUGCUGACAACGGCAGCACGCUGAGCUCGGAGGCCAUCACGGACAGCGCCACGUCUACUGACAACAACUAUGGAUACAUGGAGCGAUCUUUGGACAGUGUUGCACGAAGCAGGCAGGAGUCUCUGAGCUCCGUGGAGGAGGACGACUACGACACGUUGGAUGACAUCGACUCUGACAAAAACAUUGUUCGCACCAAGAAAUACCUGUGUGUGUCUGACCUGGCUCGCAAAGACAAGAGGAUUCUCAGCAAGAAAUACCAAAUCUACUUCUGGAACAUCGCUACGAUUGCUGUGUUUUACGCGCUGCCAGUCAUCCAGCUGGUCAUCACCUAUCAGACGGUGGUCAACGUUACUGGGAACCAGGACAUCUGCUACUACAACUUCCUGUGUGCCCACCCGCUGGGAGCUCUGAGCGCGUUCAACAACAUCCUCAGCAACCUGGGCUACGUGAUGCUGGGACUCCUCUUUCUCCUCAUCGUCCUCAAGAGAGACAUCGUCCACAAACGAGCCCUGGUUCGCAACGAGCUGAAUGCACUGGAGUGUGGGAUCCCGAAGCACUUUGGUGUGUACUAUGCCAUGGGCACGGCUCUGAUGAUGGAGGGUCUGCUCAGCGCCUGCUACCACGUCUGCCCCAACUACACCAACUUCCAGUUUGACACCUCCUUCAUGUACAUGAUCGCUGGCCUCUGCAUGUUGAAGCUGUAUCAGAAGAGACACCCGGACAUCAACGCCAGCGCCUACACGGCCUACGCCUGCCUGGCUGCCGUCAUCUUCUUCUCCGUGCUCGGAGUGGUGUUCGGGAAGGGAAACGCAGUGUUCUGGAUUGUGUUUUCAGUCAUCCACAUCCUGGCCACGCUCCUCCUCAGCACGCAGCUGUACUACAUGGGCCGAUGGAGACUCGACACUGGUGUCCUGCGCAGGAUUGUCUACGUUAUCUACACAGACUGCAUCCGACAGUGCAGCGGGCCCAUGUACAUCGACCGUAUGGUUCUGCUCGUGAUGGGAAACAUCGUCAACUGGUCUCUAGCCUCCUACGGCCUCAUAGAAACACCCAAUGACUUCGCCUCCUACCUGCUGGCCAUCGCCAUCUGCAACCUGCUGCUCUACUUUGCCUUCUACAUCAUCAUGAAGCUUCGGAGCGGCGAGAGAAUCAAGUGUCUGCCGCUGGUGUGUAUUCUCUUCACGGCGGUGGUUUGGGGAUUUGCACUCUACUUCUUCUUCCAGGGUCUGAGCACCUGGCAGAAAACUCCAGCAGAGUCUCGUGAGCACAACAGAGACUGCAUCCUGUUGUCAUUCUUCGACGACCAUGACAUCUGGCACUUCCUGUCCUCCAUCGCCAUGUUUGGAUCUUUUCUGGUCCUCCUGACCAUGGACGACGACCUGGACACCGUCCAGAGAGACAAGAUCUUCGUCUUCUAGGCUCAUCGGGUCUCCUGUGAGAAGCUCGGCUCGUCCUCUUUGCCUUAUCGCCGUUUUCUCUUUGUCGUCUCAUUUUCAUGAAGCACAGCCGGAUCCUGCAGGCGCUCAACCAGCCUCAGAGCCAGUCAGGUGGGGGUGGAGGACAGCACCCCCUCCCCCAAUCACCUGUACAGACACUAAUGUGCCAACGAAGAGCUGGAUCAACGUCAAGC